GCAGCAGCGGUAUAAUAUGUCAAAACUUACAAAUGAUCUCCAUGGAAACUAUACCAAAAGCUAGCCACAAUCAAUAGAAAGUAAACAAACUCGACGUUUAAUUUUGGUGGCGAACGAAAGAAGUCCGAUAAACAGUCGGUAGCAAAUGGACAGAUUGAAAAGAUCAAAAAUAGUGGCGUAAGCGAAAGAAAUCGAUAUAUAACUGGAUUUUGUAAAGAAUAAAAACAAAGCUAAGGUAUAGUGACCUAAUUCCCUUAGGUCACACGGAAGCGCGCGGAGAUGGCAAAGCCGACGAAUGGCUUUUGAAUAGCUGAUAUAUUUUCUUAAUGCCAAAGUGCCAAGUCGAGAGCAAAAACAAGGGAAGUGUUGGUGAGCAACUUUGUAAAGCCAUGCAUGGACGCGCUACGACAAGAGCUACGGCGGCGGAGCAGCACUGGCGGCUCUUGGCCGAACUUGACUCAUUGAACUUAAGUGACAGCUGCUGCGAGAUUUGCCACUGUGAUUGUUACAGCUCACAUUAGCAGCUUAAAUACGGUCGUAGCAGCUUAAAUACGGAAGCACUCAACUGUGGUGAGCAUUUCGAAAAAAUCGAUAACAAGUGCAAAAAUGAGGGGCUAGAACGUGACGUGCACGCACUAGAGCAACUAGAAGUUUCAGCAAUACAAAAUACUCGGCCAACUGAAGUGACGCGUUCCACCACUUCCAUUGAACAGAAUAUUUGUAAAAAGCGUUCGAUGCGUAAAUCUAGAGCUGCCAGAAGAAAAAACAACACCGUUACAACAUCUAACGGUAAUUUAACGAAGCCUUCCAGUACACAAGCCACAUCAACAAUAACACUAAAAUCCAAAAGCGCCAAAAACACGCCAACACAUUCCGCGCGUACAAGUCCAGCUGCGGCGGCCCACUACAAGAAUGGCGCAGUGCCAAAGCGAAACGCUGCGGCUUCGGUAAAGCGCUCCAAAAGUGUAUGUAGCCUGCGCAGUCGCAGCCCAACACCUUUAAUUACAACAUCGGUUGGUCCGGCCGCUAAACGCGCCGCAUACUACACGCGCGAUUGUAAAAUCUUGCAGGAAUUGUUGAGCGCGCUCAACGACGAUGAGGAUGACGAUGCAAUGACCUCACUACAAGUGAACGGCGUCAGUGCGCUUAAGCAAACCUUAGCAACGGUGGAACAUGCAGACACCAGUACGCUCCAACAUUCCCAUACACUGCCGCGUUGCGCUGUAAAAUCGAAGAGCAACCAGCAAGCCAGUGACGAGACGCAAUUGUCAUCAUCGCUAACUUCACAAAAGCUGUGCGCGUCCAUGGCAAGCCUUUGCUUGGUGCCCACAGUACGCGCCGCUUACCAACAAGUACCAGCACAUGAUAGACGCAUACUAAAUCGUAUGGUGCAUAAGCGCACCGAACGCGCCAUUGCCAAAGAGAAUGCCUGGUUGGCGCGCAAAUACUGGGAAAAUGAGCGUUACGAACGCGAACUAUUCAAGUGCGCGCAAAUGGAGGAGUACAAACGCGCGAUACGUGACAAGCAAUUUCAAGAUUAUUUGUUGACAAAGGCGCGCCUAAACGAAAUUGCGCAGCGCGAUUUGAGCGAACUGCGACGCUUGCGCGAAGCAUUGCAACAAAAAGAUAUGAGCACGAAACGACGACUUGAUGCGCUCAAAGUUGAACGUGGUAUAGCGGCGUGUCAGCGUCGUUGUGAGGAGUUACGUCGCGCGGAGGCGGUCGCUGUGCAGCAGGAAGAGCAACAAAUCGACGAAAAGUUACGAAAGCAAGAGAUUUGUGAACGUUUAAGCGAACGUUUGCAGCGCGCCGAGCUAAUACGCGCCAAUAUGCUGGAUAGCUAUCUACGCCGGUUACGGUACGAUAAUCACAUGGAAGAGUUGGUGCACGAGGAGCACUGGCGCGACGCGCAGCAGUUGGAGCGCCAGCGGCUGGCCCAGCUAGAGGAGCACAUACAGCAGAAAUGUGAGCAGUCGCAACGUUUUAUUGAAGAGCGUCAACGUCGACAAGAGGCUAUUGCCAAAACAGCGAAAAUAUCCGCAAGUCUGCGUGAAUUGGUACGCAACUCCGUUACACCGGAAGGCGGCAUGGCUGCGGAUAGCGGCAAUAUAGGUGAAGCUGUGAGCAUAGCAAAUACCGCAACGUUGAGUAAAGUGCUUUUAGAUAGACCAUUUUCCAAGCUGUCAUUGCAGCCGUGAUUGUUUACAAUAUAAUAAAUCUGUUUGUGUAUAAUAUCGGUUAAAAAGUUGUACGUUUUAGUAGUAGCGUUGUGUUGUUGUUGUAUCAGCAUAAAACUUAUCAUUAAAGAAUGCUGUUGAGAUUACAA